CAGAGCAGAGGAGCUCUCAUCCAGUUCAGUGCCAGACGCACGGUCGACUCUUAGUUACUGCGCGACUUGAAUGACUUUUUGUUGUUUUAGUUUUACAUGAAGACUAUGUAAUACUUCAAUUUGGUGUCAGAAUUGAAGUUUUUCGUAGUUUGCUCCUGCUUUAUCACGACUGUUUGGAAUAUCUGCGAGGAUUAAGGGUGGAUACUUCACGACGCGCAGGAGUCAUCUUGAAAAAGUUCACCCAGGAUUGUUUCUUUCCGACGCAGGAGCGCGCAGCAGCUCUGAGCGCUUCAAGAAGAAAAAAACAACAACUUCUAGUGUGACUUCGUCUGGACUGUUUUUUUUAAUUGAGCCGUCCCAGAAAUGGUGGGGCACCUACAUUUACAAGCGAUGGAUGAAAGUCUGAAAGGAAAGAACCGGGAGGGGCUGCUCGACAGUCCUGAUUCGGGGUUACCCCCCAGCCCCAGUCCGCCCUUCUGCUCAAUCUCUCCGGGUCUGAUCGAGUCGCGCUCCGGCAGUUGCACGACGCCCGUCGAAAGCCAUCAUGGAUAUUAUAAAAAGGAAAGCAGAGAAGGCAAACUGCUGCCCUACCUGCUGCUGAACGCCACAGGACCAGACCCCAGGACCCGCAUGCACCCCGUGUUCUUCGGAGAGAGCAUCGAGGUCAACCCUAAACCAGAGCAAGAAAUAAAGUGCAACUCAGCGGUCAAGUAUGACUCAGACAAGCAUUACCGGGACGGGGUGUAUUGCGCCCCGGUUCCUACACCCACAUCCUACAGCGAGACAGUGGUGGCGGUGCGGGACUGCACUUGGAGGAGCUACAAGUCCCAGGUGUACCUGGAGCCGCGGCAGAGGCCCAUCACCUACCAGAGCACCACCAUCAUCUACCCGAAACACGCCAAGAACACUUAUCGCACCACGCUCAACUACAACGCCACGGGCUCCCGCCGCUGGUUUGUCUCCACGGUGCAACUGGAGUCAAGCGAGGAUACUAGUCCCUGCAUCAUCUACACAGAGGACCUGUAGACCCCAGACUGCAAAGGGAGGGGUGGUUUUUUUGGACGACAAGGAACUUAGGAACGCCCCUUAUCAAAGGGAAAUACUUCAAGUAAAAACUGGAGCCCCUAAAAACCCCACUCUGUUCAUCUUUACUCGCCAUGGAGGAAACUUUGGGAACCCUUAAGUGUACUUAGACUUUCUACUGAUGCAGUUAAAAAAAGGGAACUGCUCCUCUGGCAGUUUAAAGCUGCACUUCAAUGGUUAAUGUCUUAUUUAAUACAAGAGCUGACAAAUUGGUGGCCUUUGCUCUCCUUCAGGUUGGAUUGUAACCUCAGCGAAGGUAACAAUCAGAUUAUAGAUGUAUGUGUGUGCGUAGAGAAAAGAUUAGAUGGCAGGUGGAUUUUAGCCGUGCCUGUGCAAACCCAGUCACACCAAUGCAAAGCUUUCUAAAUGCGGCUUUAUUGCACUUGUUUUGUACAGUAUAUAUCACAGGCCUCUCAGUGGACUCGCAUUGCAGGGGGGGAGGGGGUGGGGGAUUUCAGCACUGCAUGUGAAAAAAAAUUGGACCAAAGAUAGUUUGAAGAGGAGUGGCUGCGUGAGAGUUUAUUUCACUUCAACAACUUCACACGCUCAGACUGAACAUUUGCUUUUGUUUUUUUUUUAACGUUUUUAGCAGCUCACAUUGAAACAGUAAUUUGAAAAGUUGAUCAGGUAUUUUUAUUCAACUGCACAAUGGAAGUUGUCCUUUUUAUUGACCAGAGCCAGAGCAGAAUUAAUACUGAAGUCUAAUCAAAGGAAAAAUGGCAUCACAUUAACAAGAGAUUGGCUUAGAGAACAUUUGGAUAGAAAUCUGAAGUAUUUUUCUAAAACAUUAGAUAUUCAUAUUAGAUCACUGCUGUUUUGGUUUUGACGCCUGUUAAUUUUAAUUUGAAUACUUUGAUUUGAAGAGGUUAAACUAAAAGUGAAUCAGAACCAUAAUGUAGGAGUCAAACUGGUUUUUGGUAAACAGGCUCCUAAGAAGUGCUGACAGACAAAAAUGAGAAAGCUGAUGAUUAGAGAGAAAAAAAUAAGGUGAGAAUCAACCCACCAACUGUCUUUAGAGUUAGAUUCACGUGUUGCUCAAUCCUGAUUAGUGUAUCUAAGGAUGUGAUGUCACCUUUUUCCUAAUUAGACCCCCACUUUAAAAAACAGUAGCAAUAUUUAAUAUGAAAUAACCAAAACUGUCAAAACUUUAGUAGAAAAUUGUGUGUUUCUGUUGGACUUUGUCACUCAUAGAAGCAGAUUUGGAACAUUUGGUUUCAUCUUUAACAGUGAUGGCACUCUUUGCAUGGUUGACCUUUUUGGAAACAAAGUAUUAGUUUGUUUUCAACCUGCUCCAGUGCCAGUUAAGUUGGGCUUCUUUGCAGGAAGUGCCAAAAAAAAAAAAAAAGGACAAUCGUAAGGAAAGAGUACUGAACAAUCUGUACCAAUGCAGCGGAGUGCAACUUUCUAGUUUUCCAUGAGACAUAACAAACAGUUUUCCACUGCUAGUUGAAUGAAGUCUGUGUUGUUUGCAGUUUUGGGCGCCAUAAGCAAUUGACAUUACAAAAAUCAGACAAAUCUGACAAUCAUGGUGUCAGUUUGUGAUCCGAGAUCGCUCUGAAGCCCAACACACUUUCUAUCAGUAACAUGUUACACCCGGAGCAGUGAAAUGAUUCAUAUUUCCAUAUUGAAGAUGUAAAAUAGGAUUUUAUUGAGCGUUUUCAUGACCCCUUUAGUGACUGUCUUAUAUAUUUAUAUAUAUUUAGAUUAUUGAAUACGGCAAAUAUUGAAACUUCAAUUUUUACCUCAGAUAAUCUUAGGUAUCCGUUUUAUUUCAUUGCAAAUGUGUAUUCCCGAUUUUCAGUUGAGGUCUUGAGCUGGUGUUAUUUUUAUAGUUUGAAAUACCCUCCAGGUAAGUGUCGAGUAGAAGGUCCAUGGAGGGUACGAAGCUGAGUUGGUGCAUCAGUACUGUAAGUUGGGUACUGGGUUUUACUGAGGGAACAGUAAGUAGCUAUACAAAGAGCAAGAUGAGGGGAAAAGUCAGAACUGCUCUCGGAAAAGAAAAAUUAUUGGUGAGAUGAGGAAAUUGCUCCGGAGGUGGUUUUAUACAAAGCAGUAAAGUUCCUGGCAAGACGGUGGAGAGAUGUGUUACGUGUUGAUGGUCUGAAAUGUCAAGAGACGAUGUGAGGGAACGUUGGUGGACGUCAGUGGUUUUAUGUGAGAUAUGUUUGUGUUUCCUAACACUUGAUUUUGUUAUUGUAAAAUAUUUUCCUGUUGUAUAUGUGGCAUCGAGGCACUUCAUAAUUCUCUUUAUAUUUUUGUACGUCAAUCAUUCUUCCUGUUUUGAUCAAAGAAAAUAAUUUAAAAAGAUGUAUAUCCUAAUUGAAUAAAAAAAAGUAAUUCCCAAAACCUAA